AUGGCAGCGACGACGCUCAGCGAGGCCGAGUUCCUCACGCGCUUCUGGGACGCCCAUGGCUCGACCUUCAUGCGCUGGUUCCUCGCGAUUCCGUAUGCAGGCCAGCUCUCGAUGCUGCGCAAUGCGUCGCCCGACAUGCCGCUGCAGACGCCGGACGUGCUCCAAGCCACGGACAUUUUGACGCCCGAGCUCACGAUUGCGACGCUCCUCGCCGACCAAGGCAAGCCGCUCGUGCGCCUGUUGUGCAACCGCGCACGCUUCGACUGCGCCGCCGAAGACCUUGCGUACCUCAAGGGCCUGCGGGCGAAGAAGCGCAUGCCGACGUUCUCGGGCACGACGUUCGACAGCGUUGCGCUCGCCUACAUUGACCCGACGGAUCCGGAGCAGCACAUCCAGUCCUUGCUGCCAUCCGUGUCGCCCACGUUACUGCAGGAAACCCAGGCCAAAAUUGACGCCAACGUGCUCAUCGAGGCCGACGUGUGGCUGACACUGCAGAUGCGCCAGCAGAUUUUGCUCACGUUCCUCGCCAACGUUGCGCGGACGUUCGAACUCGUCUUCUUCCAGACGCAGGGCACGGUCGAAGGCAAGAUGGGUUGCCGGACAUGCGGUGCCAGCGCGCAGCCGGAUGCGGCGCCGCUCCUCAAGUGCCCCUGCGACGCCGCGCUCUACUGCUGCAAGGACCACCAGACCCAAGAUUGGCCCAACCACAAGGCCACGUGCAAAGUCAUUCGCGCUCGCAAGGCCGAGCUCGACGGCUUGUAG